AUGAGCACCUUAAGGAAUUAUCACUUUCAUAGAAGCCACCUCUGGGCCUGGGGCAACUCAGAGACUAUAAAAGCCAGCCUGAAUUCACGCUCUCUCAUCCACUUCUCCUGCCUCCUUCUUGGGAUCCAGGUGCACCUGCAGCCCCAAGCCAUGUCCUGCUACCCCCGGUGCCAGCCCUGCCAGCCCUGUGGGCCCACCCCGCUGGGCAGCAGCUGCAAUGAGCCCUGUGUCAGGCAGUGCCAGGACUCCACCGUCUUCAUCCAGCCCUCGCCCGUGGUGGUGACCCUGCCCGGGCCCAUCCUCAGCUCCUUCCCACAGAACACCGUGGUGGGAUCCUCCAGCUCUGCUGCUGUUGGCAACAUCCUCAGCUCUGAGGGAGUGCCCAUCAAUUCUGGGGGCUUUGACCUCUCCUGCAUCACCAACCGCUACGGUGGCAGCAGAUGCCGUCCCUGCUAAAUCCACUGGUGCAGCCCUCACGAGGAACCCCAGGAACCCAGAAGCUGAUGCUGGACUGAGGACAGAGCUCCUGGCCAUCAGAUUCAGAGGUGCUGAGAAACCAGUGCUGCCCUUCUGAAGGAGGGCUGGUGGGGCUCUCUGAAACCAUGGCCAGUGUUUGCUUUCGCUGCCUUUCUCUUCCACCUCUCUCUUGUCUUCCAUACUUCUGGACUGUAAGGCUUUCAGAGCCUCUCUGGGGGAUCUGCUAACCCCUGCCUGCUGUAGGCCAGGCAGAUGGAUAUCCCCUUGGCUCUCCAGUGGCUCUCCAGUGUCUGUGCCAAAGUGGGCCCAGACUUGCUGCAGUUUCAUGUGGUCUCUCACCACCACCACCAGUAGCCUCCUCUGUAAGGGAACUAAUUUCCCACUUCAAUGACAAUAAAGCUUUCUGCAU